AUGAGAGCUUACGUUUACGAUACUGCCGAUACUGCAGACCAGCGUGCACCCCACGACACUGGCAUUGAAAAGUCAAUCGACGAUCUCUCUCGCAUUGGCGUCCUUUACUGGCGAUUUGACGGUCCCGAUGCCACUGAACGUCUCGAUAAACUUGCACUCGAACGCCAAUACAAGAACCGCGACCAAAUUGUAGUGUCUCCUGAGUCUAUGGGUGAAGUUUAUGAGGAAAAAGUCAAGAUGUUCUUUGCCGAACAUCUUCAUGAGGAUGAGGAAAUCCGCUUUGUUCUCGAUGGUACAGGUUACUUUGAUGUCCGUGAUCAGCAAGAUGUGUGGGUGCGCAUUGCUGUCGAGAAGGGUGAUAUGUUGGUGUUGCCUGCUGGUAUCUAUCAUCGAUUCACCACUGACAGCAACAACUAUAUCAAGGCCUUGCGUCUUUUCAAGGAUGAACCUCUUUGGACUGCUCUCAAUCGUCCCUCUGCAGAUGAUAACCCUUAUCGUGCUGAAUACCUUAAAGCCAUCCAAGCAUGA